ACCAACGCGCUUCCAUUUUCAAAAACGCGCUUCCAUUUUCAAAAACAUAUUUCGCGCCCGGAGAUGACAGUUUGAUUUUUUAAAAUGUGGUUUCUGUUCUUUUUGGCCGCGGCCGCCGUGUACUCGGCCGAGGGCGCGGGCGCCGGAGCCGCUCGCCUCGUCUGCUACGUGCAGGGCUCCGGAGUAUCCGACUACAAUGAGUGCACCCAUCUGAUAUACGCGGGAGACGCUAGGGGAGAGAAAUUGGAGGUGCUGUUGAAGGAAUACAGAAAAAAUAAUCCGCGACUCAAGAUUAUACUGCGAGUCACCGAAUCGGACGAGGACAUAGCAUCCCUGCUGAAAUCCAAGAACGUCCAAGGUCUCGAAGUGUACGAUGCCCACCGAGGCUUCAACAAGACCAAAGUUACCGAAGCGGUGGAGGCAGCCAAGGAGGCCCUUAGCUCGCACGGAGGAGGACCCCUGUACCUGGCCCUCCCUGCUCAUCCGGAGCUGCUGGCGAAGUACUACGACCUGAGGGCUCUAGUGAAGAAGACUGACCUCUUCAUGGUGCAUACUCAUGCCCUGGGUCUGGUGAAGAAGAUGACGUAUCACCCGAGUAGACUGAGCGGCUUGUGGGACAUGAUGAAUACUGACUCAGUAGUAGAUUUGGUAGUUGGUCUUGGAGUCCCGGCUUCGAAGGUGGUGAUCAGUCUACCGGCCACGGCUCGCCAGUUCACCCUACAGAACGAAACCCUCAGUACUCCGGGCAGCCCGACAGAAGAUGAGGAGCCCAAGGUCAUAGACCAGGCUGAGCUUUGCAGGCAGCUGCAGGACGGAAGGUGGACCCUGGAGAGAGACCAGGAUCUGUCCGCACCUUAUGCUUUUAAGGACAAAACAUGGAUAUCUUUCGAGGACUCCUCCUCAGUGGACGUUAAGGGGAAGUAUGCGCGUGUGCGUGGUCUUGCCGGUCUGGCGUUGUACGACGCUCACACAGAUAACGAAACGCCGUGCGGUCCACCGCUCCGGGCUGCGUUAGCAAAGGUGCUGAACCAACAGAGCAGAGCGCCCAGGGCUGCUGUGCUGAGAUCUCUGGAGAACGAGAUCCUGUCAGCACCAAGCCGCGCGCUGGACGCGCUGCAGGUGUCGCCAUACCGCAUCACGCAGGUCGUGGACUCCGACGGCGUCAUACACUCCAUCAGAGAGGAUACUCGUACGGAGUUCACCUGUUCCCGUCAAGGCUACUUCGUGCACCCUCGCUCGUGCGCGAGAUUCUACCGCUGUGUGAAGUUCGACCAGCUCUCUGCCGACUAUACCGUGUUCGAGUUCGACUGUCCCGCGGGUCUGGCGUUCGACUCCCGCUACGAGGUGUGCGUGUGGCCCGGCAGCCUGCCGGACUCCGCCGCCUGCCCCGGCUCCUCCGAGAUCGCACCUGUACCGCGCACCAGAUUCGUCUGUCCUAAUGUUGAAGGUUACUACGUAGACCCGGAGAACUGCCGCUGGUUCUUCGCCUGCUUGGACCACGGGAAGUCUCCUCUCACGGCCUACGAGUUCCGUUGUCCCUUCGGCCUUGGGUUCGACCCAGCUCGACUGACGUGCGACUGGCCUUGGCUCGUGCCAGCCUGCGCCGGUAUUGGCCGGUACGAAGCUGAGGCGUUUGGAUUCUCUGGAGCUGCUCUUGGAGGCGCAGCCGGCUUUCAAGGAAAAACUGCCGACUCUGUGAACAUAGCCGCUCAUCAAAGUUUAUUAUCUGGAGCAGCACUGAACAACCUCGUAGGAGUACAAAGCAACGUUCUUUCGAGUGGCGAUAGAUUAGGUGCUAACUUUAUAGCUUCCCAGGAAGCAGCGAACAGAGCACAAUCCGAAGAGUUUAGUAUCGAUGAUAGGUUCACUGAUUUGUCUGAAGCAGGCCAAGGUGAAUCUAGCGGUAUUUCGUACAAUGUUGUGCCCGCCGAAAGUAUUAAUAGAGCCCUUAUAGGAGCCUCCGACUACUCAAGUGGUUCUCUCGUCCUUGAUGAUUUUAGAUUCAGCGAUAAAGACAAUGUUGAAUUCGCUAGCGCUAGCAAUGGUGACUCUAUUCAAGUAAACUCCGGAAAUGUCGUUAUUGCUAAUCCUGGUAAAUACGUUGCAAGUAAUGCUGGUAAAUACGUUGCUAGCAACACUGGUAAAUACGUUGCUAGCAAUGCUGGUAAAUACGUAGCUACUAACGCCGGUCAGUACACCGGUGCAUCGGGUAGAUACGUUGCAAGUGAUGCAGGAAAAUACAGACCAAGUAACGUUGGUCUAUACAAUGCAGGUGCCUCAGGAAGAUACAUAGCUGGCGACGCUGGUAAAUAUAGGCCAAGUGACGCUGGUCAGUACCGAGCAACCGCCACCGGAAAGUAUGUAGCUAGCGAUGCUGGAAAAUACAGACCUAGUGACGACGGGCAGUACAGAGGUAGCUCAACUGGAAAGUAUAUAGCCAGUAAUGUCGGAAAAUACCAACCGAAUAAUGAUGCUGGUAAAUACAGACCAGAUAAUGCUGGAAAAUACAAAGGUCUUGAAGCGUACGCUGGAGUGUCCCCAAAAUACGAUACAAGAUAUCAAAGCAACGCCUAUUACAAAAAAGAUGACAGAGGAAAAUACCACCAUAAUCCCAUUGGAGAUCAUGCGAAGCCUUACGAGCACGUUUCUGUACCUGCCUUAGGAUACGAUCAUACAGACAGACCCUACAUUCCGACUACUGAUGGCUAUGAUGUAACUCACAGUGGAUACGACUAUCCAAAACCAGCGAUCGAAUUCAACGAGGGGCCAGCUUACGUAGAUAAUAAUAAUGGUAACAAUGGCAACAACUACGAUACUGUAAAUAUAGGAUAUGUAGGCAAAACAAGUUUGGUCGAUGUUGAAUCACCUCAUAAAAAACAACCUAAUGUAUUCAUUGAACCUGACGUGUCUAUAACCAACCCUGGUUUGAGUUACCAGAAUAUAGACUUAAGUAAAUAUGUAACGAAUCCUUUGUCGUCAAUUACAGUAACCACCCCCAGCCCUGUUACAGUUACAACUUAUAAAUCAAUUUACGUCCCACAACCUCCUAGGAGCAGUAUCAAGCAAAUAUUCACUUACAACCAACCAGCUGUAACCGCCGUACAACCCGCGUUAGUCAGUAUCAAACAAACAGAACCUGUGAUCGAAGUAUCAAAUUAUCAACAAGGCUCAAAGCAGUAUACUGAAAAUUAUAAUGAUGGCCAAUCUGGAAGCUACGAUAGUAGAUUACCAAACAUCAACUUAAACAUUGGCAUUACUUACACAACUCCGUCGCCGCUGAUAAGCGUAACUCAACAGAUUCCCGGAGGCUUUGGCUACAAUCAAGAAACACUACAAGAAAUAAACAAUUUAGGCUAUCAAUACUCUACGCCACGCCCUGUAACUGAAGAGCCAUUCAAAAAGGUUGUAGCUUAUACAACUGGAUCGUCAGUGACCAUUGAACCUAAAUAUCAGCAAAAUAUCUACAGUUCACAAAGUUUUGUAUCAUCUACUCCAUCCACAAUUUCAGUUACUCCUAGCACUAUUAAUGUAAAUCCUUUCCUUAAAUAUUCUCAAGCAGCGAAACAACAAACACAAUACAGAGAAGACACAAGUUUGAAUACUGGUAAUAAUUAUGGAUACACCUCAGAAAUAAAAUACGAACAGCCACAAACUAUUACAGUCAGUACACCACGACCUGUUAUUUCUAUUCAAACAACAGUGAAUCCUUCUACAUUCGGUGAAGAAAAUAUCCACACAGUUGAUGUUGGACGCGUAAAUACCUAUAACGACGCGUCAAUAACAGGAUAUGAAUAUUCCAGACCAGUUGAAAAACUUGAAACUGUCAUUUCAACACCUGCGCCGUACCAAACAUAUAAUCGAAAACUAAUACAACAGAAAACGUACGUUCCUACACUAGUCUCGUCGACGCCUCAGCCGCAGAUAAACAUUAAAUACGAGCAGCCUAGUGUCUCAGUAAAUGUAAAUCCAUUCCUGAAGUACACUCAGAAAUAUUCUGAUGCAACUCUCGUUUCAAGACAAGAAUUCCGCCAAUCCUUUGGUACCACUAAUGCUGAAUAUGAAAAUGGAAAAACGAUGUUUGUAUCUACAACACCCUCAGUACUGGCUUACGAAGAUCAUUACACUGGAUACGAAAGUCCAAAGAGUGCCAUCAAAUACGAAUCUAUUGAAGUCAAACCGCAUGUUCAAUAUCAUCAAGAAACGAAUUUCCAGAGAUCAUCUGCGUCUUACCCGACUACACAAAUUAUAAACAAUUACAACAGAAUAGAAGAGCAGUCGCCAGAGAUACAGACAGCUUAUAAGGGAGAAGAAUAUUUGCCACCAGUGGUAACAGCUACUACUCCGAUACAAAUUCAAACUUCAACUAAAGCGCCGGAGUACCUUCCUCCGUUAGAAAUUACAGCACAGCCUUCUACAACAUCUAGACCAAGAGUUAAGACUGUUGAGUACUUCCCACCCACACAAAAGACUGUCCAAAUACCAUCUUCAACCAAUGCACCUGAAUAUUUGCCACCAGUAAUAGUUACAUCUACUAGUGCUCCAGAAUACUUACCACCUAAAGUUGUGAUUUCUACGCAAGCACCGGAAUAUUUACCACCACCAAUUGUUACUUCUACAAGUGCACCAGAAUACUUACCACCUGUCGAAAAUACUUACUUGCCACCAACGACAGCCAAACCUAAACUUAAAACACUCGAAUAUCUACCACCAGCAGUAAAACAAGAGACUGCUUACGAAUACAGAGGUGACCUGCCAAAAUCGGAAGAGAUAAGGAUAUCAACAGGAGCACCUUCAUAUUCAACUAGAAAGCAAAACAUUGUUGUAGAAACCGCAAAGUCUAAUGUAUUAGGUUUUGAAACAGUUGGUAACAAUGCAGGUCUGGUUUCGACUACGUACUCUACUGCUCGUCCAUCUAUAUCUUCAACAGUUGACUAUUUAUCUCCCGAAACAGUCACAACAUAUUCAAGAGUAACAAAGCCAGUGCGACCAAUCUUAAGUUCGACGACACCCAUAUCUACAGUUUCUUACCAGCCUAGUACGGCUCGUACUUUCAAAGGAUCCGAUUACUUGGUACCAAAAGACGGGUCAAAUCAACAGAGCUUUAAGACUGUUGAAUACACCACAAUAACUCCUAAAGUGAAAUAUAAUCCCUUCAGUGAAGUAACAUUUACAGGAGCAGGUAGAAAGCAGAAUAUUGUGAUUGAAUCUGCUAGGGCUGAAUCUGAAUCUGAUUUAGAAGCUAUCGAGGUCACAUCAGCAAAACCUUUAAGAAGAACCAGACCAAAAGUGGCUGUUGUUACAAAGUUGAACGACUUUAACCCACUUCUUGUGAGGAAGCUGGGAGCUGUUUGUAGUUGUCAGUCGCCUGUUGUAGUACUAAGAGGAAGCAAACCUAGUGCAAAUACUGAAGAUAUUGAAAUUGAAAACGGCACACAAAAAUCUUCCAAUGCUUAUACAGUAACAACAUCUCCUUUAGUUUCUAGCUCAUUUAACCCAAUAAUAGUACCCGAUGAUUCUUUCUAUCAAGACUACCAGGACUCCAAUAUAAAUGUUGAAAUCAAAGGUGCGUCGCAAAUCAUUCAGUCCAGUACAAGUACUCCUGUGGUAUCAUCAACCCAGAGAAUCGUUAAGAUCAGACCACGUGUUAACGCAGUAACUGUGGCUCCUACUUACCAAACUAUUUUAUUAGAAAAAGAAGUUACAUCAUCACCUCAACUUGAUGGGUCGGAAUCUAUUGCUAUCGAAUCUAAAUCAUUCAACCGUUACGGACCUGGUGGAUGGAGAGGCAAAGACGAAACUCUACAGGGAUCAGUGGACUGUCAGAGAGCAGGAUUGUUCCGUCACCCGAAACAUUGUAACAAGUUCUACUCGUGCCGAUGGGACUGCAAUAAGGAGAAAUUCACUUUGCACGUGUUUGAUUGCCCGGUUCAGCUAAGCUUCGACUCCAACAUUGGCGCAUGUAACUGGCCCAGCCAGGGUCCAGCGUGCCAAGGAGACACACUUCUCAAUACGCUUUGAUAAGUUAACAAGUAAUAAGGAAUACGAAUUACUAAGUGCCAUCAAUUGUGAUAAGUUUCACAGAAAAUCCUACAGCGUAUAUUAUUAUCGUUCAAGAAUUUAAUGAAUUCGAGUCUUUUAAUGCUAUAGGCUUAUUUAUUUGUUUGUUUUAAUGUUAAUUCAUAGUUAUUUAUUACGCAUACUCUUAUGAAGCUUGUGCUUGUAAAGCGAUUUGUUUUAGAAUUUGAAGGUUGAAUGAAGUUACCAUUACCUAGUUUAGGGUAGACACGAAGAUGUGGAGUCAUUUUUUAUUAUUUUAUA